UUUGAUCAAACUCGUACCAGAGGAGAGACUUAAGUGGUCGAAGGACUCAACUUUUAGUUUUUGACCAUCUGCAGAAUGACUUUUAUGAUAAUGCAGCAUUCCUGACAUCAGAAUAGCAUCUGUAGAAAUAUUUAUAUAGACGACAGUUUUCUAUGUAGUUUAUAAAUAAAACAAUUCGAUACCAUGUCCUAUAUCUUACCAACCAGAAUGCCACAUGUACUGGGAGAGAAGCGUAAGUGAAUGAUUCAACAUGCCACUGGAAGUGAAAGACGUAGAAUGGUCAGAAAAUGAACAAUACGUCACACUUAGAGUUCCUUUGAAAGGUGCUUCAUCUAAUAAUGUUGAUAUUUUUUCGACAAGUACUUACAUCAAGGUUAGCUACCCACCAUAUUUCUUUGAAGUGGCAUUGUAUCGUGAAAUUGAUGAUGAUGCGUCAAAAGCUACGGUAACGAAAACACAAGUGACUUUUCACUUACAGAAAUGCAAGAAGGAAUUAUGGGGUCAGUUAUAUGCAAGUGAGUGUAAAGACAAAACGGUAAUGAAAAAGAUUCGAGAAGAUGCUGUGGAAUACAAGCAAAAACGAGAAAAAGAGAAAGCUGAGAAAAUCAGUAAGGAAAGAGAUGAACAGAAAAAAUUUGCUGUAAGAGAACAGAUGAGGCUUGACACCGAAGAGAGACAACAAAUUGAAGAUAGAAAACAAGAAAUCGAAGUAGAACAUGUUCAAAAGAUGGAAGCUUGGAAAAAAGAGAAUUCUAGUUACAAAACAUCACAACAACAAAAAGAGGUGAUUCCAAGUGUCCAGGAGAGGGCGAAGAAAACAUCAAUUUCAGAUCACGCCAUGGAACACAAGAAAGAAUUAAAAAGAAAUACGAGUGAAGAAGAAGUACUUCCCGAGCCACGGUGCUCUGGUAACAUUCAAGUUAACUUCACUGCAAGACAGCUUCCAACACCAGCUAGAGAAUCAAAACAACCAGAAGAAGAAGUGUGGUUAAAAAAGCUGGCAGAAAUGAAUAAAAUGAAAAAGGCAGACGAAGAUGCGACAGAUAUUGAAGAAAUGAAUCCAAUAUGGUUAAAAGAUAAGGGCGAUGAUUUCUUCAAGAAAGGAAACCAUGUUGCAGCAAUAAAUGCUUACACGUCCGCACUUCUUCUCGAUUCGAAAAUUCCAAUGCUUUAUGCGAACAGAGCAGUUUGUCAUUUAUCAUUGAAACAAUACAACGAAACCGUCCAGGAUUGCACAUGUGCGUUAGAACUCUAUGAUCCACCUGUGCAGGCGAAUGUAUUGUCGAGAUGUCGUGCACUCAUCCGCAGAGGGACAGCACAUUUUUAUCUAAACAACUACGUUAAAGCUCUUACUGACUAUGAUGCAGCUAUCAAGUUAGAUCCUAAAAACGAAUCGUUAAAAGCUGAUGCAUACAAAAUACGAAGGGUGAUACAGGGAGAAGAAUCGUCAGAUUAUUAACUUGGAACUUGCUUUAAAAUAAUGACUAAAGUUAUGUUGAUAUUUAUAUACGAAGUCGUGUUGCAGGUAUAGUGUAGAUAUACAGUCGACGCUCGAUAUCUCGAACUCUCAAGGGACUGACAAAAAUGUUUAAGAUACGGAUGUCGAGAUAUCGACCGUUAAAGGCCUUCUUAAUUGGAGAUAACAUUGUUAGAGAUAUAUAACGUAAUCUUGCCUACAAGAGAUUACAUGACUAAAGGGACCGAGAAAGAAGUUCGAGGCAGGGAAAGUUUGAGAUAACGGGUAUUCGUGAUAUCUAGCGUCGACUUACAUUUUUUAAAAUGACAGCUCUUUGAAAGUAAGGCCAAAAACGAAGAAGUAAAGAUACUUAUAUUUUUGUAAGUGCUGAUCAAGUGAGGUUAGAAAAUAGCGUUUUUACGCAUUUAUAGGUUACAAGGGAUAUACAAGCAAGGUUGGCUCUAAUUUGGGAUCUUUUUGUUCCUAGUGAACUGAAUCUGAUUUUCAAGAUAAUAAUAAAAGACAGGAGAUUCCCGCAAAAGGGCCAAGGAGAACCAGAAAAUGUCGGGAAAAUCCAUUUAAACCUGUACAAAUAGUGGUCAUAAUUUUCUGUUAUAAUUUUCAGGUUUUUUUAUCGAGGGAUGCUAUUUGGGUCGCACAGAUGUUUUUUUAUAUUAUACUAUAUUAUAUUAUAUCAUACUAUACUAUACUAUACUAUACUAUAUUAUAUAUUAUUUAUAUUCUGCUAUUUCUUUUCUGUAUAAACAAAUUGUUGUAAUUUAUUUUUCGUCCGUGAAAGGACUAAGAGAUUUCUAGUCGCGA